GUGCCCUUUCCUCGACGAUGUACAACAAGACAUCCAGCAGCAUACUAAGUACCCUGCGGUGAGGCCGCAUGAACGACCCCGGCGGCCAGCAGGACCAUCUGAACGGUCAUAGCGGAUUCAUUCUAGCCGUGUUUUGCGUCGUGUCCAUCUUUGUCAUCUGGCCCGCUCGAAUCCCGUUACCGAACCAUGUCCAGCGACUCUUGCUGCUGCUCCUCAGGCGAGGGCGUAUCAUAUCCGAUGAUGAUUGCAGAAGGCUGUCCGCACGACGCCUAUACUUCUCCUUGUCGCUUAAGACGGCGCCUGUCAUUGGCGUGAUCUUACUUCUAGCGACCACCACUAUCCAUGGCAGCACGAUCAAAUUGGGGAUCAAGGGCGAUGAGAGCAUCAAGCCAUACGAUGUUCUGGUUCUUUUCAUUUCUCUGGCAUAUAUCUCGAUUGCGCUCGACGGAACCGGUGCUCUCGAGGCCGUCGCUCUGUGGGUCUCAAAGAGAGGCGGGAGUUCCGGCCGGUUACUGUUCGCCUAUCUAUACUCCUUCUUUCUCUUGACCGCAUGCAUUGUUGGCAACGACCCUCUCAUUCUUUCGGGAACUCCUUUUCUCGCAUACUUGACUCACCAUGCCAAGCUCGAGCCCGAGGCAUGGAUCUUCAGCGAAUUCAUGGCAGCAAAUACCGCUUCAGCGGUCCUGGUGUCCUCAAACCCAACAAACAUCCUGAUCGCUGGCAGCUUCUCGUUGAAUUACCUGACAGACUUUACGAAAUGGACCAUCCUACCCUCCAUCGUUCCCGCCAUCCUCACCUAUCCGAUCUUGACAGGCAUGUUUUGGAAGAAGAUCCCGAAGACCCUGACUCCGCUCGAGAUUGAUCCUUGGUCAAAACUCCGUGAUCGGACUGGAGCCAUUGUCCUGAGCUCCCUCAUGCUCGUCACCGUUGCCGUCCUGGUCGGCACGAGCUUCGUACCGGGCCACGCAGUCGAGGUGUGGAUGGUCACCAUGCCAGCGGGAGUGUUGGCUUUUCUAUUCGAGGUGACCAGUGAUUUGUGGAGACCUAGAAAGCAAAGAGGCGCUGUCCACCAACAAGCGACUGACCCGUCCGCCGAGGACCACGCUGUCGACAGAACUAGUGCCGCAAAGGCGCAGGACCAACUGCCGCUCGGCGAGCUUAUCAAGUCCCCCAAAGAAGAACCUGAACCAGACCCAGAAUCUCCGCCAUCGCGUGGACCCGACUGCAAAUAUUCCCCGUCGAAGGGCAUAUCUUGUACAUCCCUCAUGCGCACCCUGGCCCGCCGCUUCCCAGGCACGACUCGGACACUCGUCCGUCUCCCGAUCCCCCUUCUACCCUUCGCCAUGUGCGAGUUCAUCUUAGUCCGCGGCCUCGAACAACGAGGCUGGAUCGCAGUCUUUGCACGAGGAUUCGCAAACGCAUGCACCACGCCCGCCAGGACGGUCUUCUUCAUGGGCUUUGUGAGCGCCGCCUUCCUCUGCCCACUCGCGGGCACGAACAUUGGCGCCACCAUCAUCUUGGUUGAGAUCAUGCGAGAUCCGGCAUUCUCACAAUCCCCUGCUGCGCUGGCCGAUCCCCGCAUCCUGCUCGGUGCCAUCUAUUCGGUCGCCAUGGGCAGUAAUAUAGGUGCAUUCAGCUACACCUUCGCAGGCAGUCUCGCAGGUCUGUUGUGGCGAGGAUUACUCGCAGACAAAGGCAUCACAGUCAGCCAACUCAAGUUUGCGCUGGUCAAUGCUCUGCCAUUAUUGAUGCAAAUUACCACCGCGUCGGCGAUAGUGCUUGGGGAAUUAUACUGGUUUGCAUAAGAAGACUGAUGGCUACGUUCACCUAAUGCACCCUUCGCUGUUUCAGAAUAGGAGCCAAAGCGGUGACGGACCUAUUCGACCUCUGCGCGUCGAGAGGCGCCGCGAUUCAAAGAGUCAGGCACAAGUAUAUUCCAAAUCAAGGCUAUCUUCCCAAUCCACCGUCUUCGUGUUUGUGAUGGAAAUGUUCCGCAGUCUCAUGUUUCA